AUGAGCAUUUCGUCGAUACCAUAUGAUGAUGGAAAGAAGUAUAAAUGUUGCUGCAGUUUUAUCGGAAUCAAGAAUGGUGCGUAUGGAGUGGCGAUUUUCUAUGCGACAAUGAUUGUCUCUAAUUUGGGAAUUCGACUGGUGAAAUCUAAUGAGGUUCAAUGGAAUUGGCAACUUCUUUUUCUUGUCUCGGAUACGAUUGCGGUAUUAUGCUUAGUGUAUGGUGUGUUGAGAGAGCAGCCUGCGUUUUUACAACCAUUCACCAUCAUUAGCAUGGUUACUGUAAGCUUCUGUGUGCUGCUGACCGCAUUCUACACUUCGGCCGUUAUUGAUCCGACGUCGUAUGCCGGAGAACAAAUUGAAAUUCUCCUCGCAGGACAUGUGAAGUCCAUUUCAGAGUAUUUCAAAGUAACCACACGUACAGUAAUCACAUUGGUGGCGUUAUUUGGCGCCCUUGUCUACGGUGUUACAGUCUUCAUACAUAGUUGGUUUAUGGUGAUUGUUGUCCGUUGUGCACAGUAUUUUCGGAAACAACAGUCAGUUACAACAUUAUUUCCUGCACAAAUCAUUAUUCCUGAGCUGUCAAAAAAUGUUGACAAUGGGUAG